AUGGUAGAGUCAACAAGAAAGAAGCAGGAUAUUUAUCUUCUAGGCCAGCCUCUAAAAACUGCCAUUCUGGGUAACAAGUUACCAGCGAAAGGUGAAAUGAUGCGUCGCUUUCUGUACAUUCAUUUGUCAGAGAAAAUGACAGUUCGCGAUAGUGAGACUGAUGUUAUAAGAGAGAUACAAGAAGACAGAAAAUUUUUGCUGGCACAAAGGGAACCGGGACGGCGUGGUUAUAUGAGUGGUGUAGAUAAAAAUCUGGCGCUGAAAGAGACACGCUUGUAUGAAAGGAAAAGAAGACAGGAGAACUACAAAUUAAAUGAUUCAUCGUCGUCAGAAUGUGAAUCAGAAGAAGACAGCAUUGCCAAACGUGUGCAGGUAAAACGAAGUAGGAAAAGCUUCUCGAUGUCCCAUCCACAUUGUGCAGUUAGCAGGGAAACUGCUGCAGCACUUGAUCGAACGAAGACUUCUGAUAGAAAGGCGACGUACAUCAUCAGUGGAGUUGCCAAACACCUUGGCUUAAAUGCUGGAAACCUUGCCAUCAAUAGAUCCUCAAUUCGACGAGCAAGGCAUAAGCAUCGUCAAGAACUUGCGUUGGAAAUUCGAAGGAAUUUUUCUCCAGACGUUCCUUUGGCUGUCCAUUGGGAUGGGAAGCUCUUACUUGAUUUGACCGCGAGUAAUACUGGAAAGAAAAAUGGAGCAUGCACCCUGCUGCAACAAAAAUUAGGGCGUAACGUGCUUCACAUAGCUUGCCGUCACCACAUAUCUGAAAUAAUACUUGAGCAUGCGUUUUCUGCAUGCAUGUCGUCUAAUACGUCAGGUCCAAAAAUAGCACUCUUCUUGCGCUUUCGAAAUGAGUUCAACAGCAUUGACCAAGCUGAUUAUCAUACAAUUAUGGAUGAUGAAAGCAUGAACUGCAAAGUUGAACAACACAAAGAAGGUAUCGUUAGCUCUUGCCUAACGCAACUUGAACAAUUUCAGCCAAGGUGCGAUUACAGGGAACUACUGGAGCUUUCACUUAUUUUGCUGGGAGAGACACCGCCAAGGGGAGUCAGAGUUCUGCAACCUGGAGCUCUGCAUAGGGCACGCUGGAUGGCGAGACUAAUAUACGCCCUCAAAUUGUACAUGUAUCGUCAUCAGUUUCUGCUGACAAGAGUUGAAAAAAAGGGAAUCUGUCGCUUCAUCGUUUUUGGCAUCUGUUGGUAUCUUAGAUCGUGGUUCACGGUUCCAGAUCUUCUUAGUGCCGCUAGACAUGAUCUCCAGCUGGUAAAAAGAAUCCAACAAUUCAGAGAUGUAGACCGUGAAGUUUCUGUUGCCGCUGCAAACGCACUUUCUAGACAUCUAUGGUAUGUUAGCGAGGAAUUUGUUGGAGCUGCGUUUUUCGAUGAUCAGAUUUCUCAUGAGGAGAAAGUGUUGAUGGUUGAUGCUCUGUCAGUGAAAUCAAAAACAACCAACGACUUCACCAAAAGAGUGCUGAUGAAUAUUAAUGAUAUAUCUGAUGAAAUGUCUGCCAAAGAUUUUGUGUCUUCGAACACCAUGCAAUUCUUUGCAAUCCUCGGACUGCCUCACUCAUUUCUAAACAAGAGACCCUCCGAGUGGAGAGAAGAUGAACAGUACAAGAAAGCUUUUGAAGUUGUAAGCGGUAUAAAGCCAGUCAAUGAUUUUGCAAAGAGAGGAGUUGCUUUGAUGCAGGAUUUUAACAGAGCAAUAGUAUCGUCUGAAGAACAAAAGCAGUAUCUUCUGCAAGUUGUUGAGUACCAUCGUACCCAGUAUCCAAACCCAAAGAAAGAGACAUUAGUGGGAGGAAAUACAUCUCCUUAA